AUUAACAGAAUACUUCAUUUUUGUUCACAGGUGUGGUGGUACAAAUUGAUAUGGGUGUUAAGAAAGUGACAGUAAUCAGACCUCAGCCAAUAGGUAAAAUCUUUGUUAAACCUAAUAGUGCUCUUUUUCCGAGAACUGUUGCUCUCAAAGAAACUGAUCUGAGUACUGAUACCAUUUUGAGACCUGAGAUCAAAAUAAGAGCUGUCGAGUCAAAAGAUCCAGUGCCAAAUGCUUCAAAGAUCAAUUUGGGAAUUCUCACCAAUCCAAGAUCUGAGAUCGUUUUGGGAGCUGUCAAGCCUGGUGUUGCCCCAAAGAGCAAUUUAGGAGCUGAAACCAAUUCAAGAGGUGAGAGCAACGCAGGAGCUGAAACCCAUCCAAGAGCUGAGACCAAUGCCGGAGCUAAUACCGAUUCUGAAUCUAAAACCAUCUCAAAAGAUGUGGUUGUAUCAAUUAAGAAAGGUGUUAAGGAAGUUACAGUAAUCAGAUCUCAACCAACAGGAAAAAUCUUUGUUAAACCUGAUAGUGCUCUUUUUCCGAAAGCUGUUAGUCUCAAACAAACUAAUCCGGGUACUGAUGCCAUUUUGAGACCUCAGACCAAAUUAAGAGCUGUCAUGCCAAAAGAUGCUUCAAAGAUCAAUUUGGGAACUCUCACCAAUCCAAGAGGUGGAAUGGUUUUGGGAGCUGUCAAGCCUGGUGUUGCCCCAAAGAUCAAUUCUGGAGCUGAAACCCAUCCAAGAGCUGAGACCAACACAGGAGUUGAGGUUAAUUUUGGAUGUGAGACGAAUGCAGGAGCUGAGACCGAUUUAGCAGCUGAGGCCAGCACCGCUUUAGCUGGAAUCAAUUCAGUAUCUGAGAACAACGGGGGAGCUGACAUUGCAACUCCAACCCAUCUAGAAGCACAAUAUUUGUGCACAAACUGUGGAAAAAGUUAUGAAAGUAAAGGUUCUUUUAAGAGGCACAUAAAAAUGGUUUGUGACAAUAAAACAACAUACCUGCUGUGUGAACAUUGUCCGUUCAAAACAAAAUGGCCGGACUCCAUGAAAAUGCAUGCACUGAUGAAACAUGAUUCACAAAUUAAGGGAAAAUUGAAAAAUAUCUUACAAAAAAAAAAAUAAGCGAUUUGAUAAGGCAUAACAGAUAUAUUGGAAGAUUAUAGGAGGAAAUGAUCCUUACAUCUCAAGGAUGUUUUUGUGUAUCUGUUUUUGGAUGUGCUUCUCACAUCUAUGAGUUAUAAAAUUGUAUUAUGUAUAUUAUAGCUGCGAUUGGUAUUCAUUGACCAAUAGGAUGGAUUUCAGCCAUUUUUCAUUUCAGCCAACUUUCCUUUCAGCCAUUCUAUUGAUUUUGAUUAAUUAAUCUAUCCAAUUUCAAAAUGUAUAGUUUUAUUCUGAUGUGGAAUCUUCUUCUUCAGUUUGGUGUAAAAGUUAUCAUGGACAUAACCUAUUUGGACUAUUGAGAUGAAAUUGAGAAAUAAAUGAAGUUUUGGGCAAUAGCCUGUUUUCCUUUUCUGGAUAGUGUAUUUGUUUGCUCCAUUCGAUAAAUGAAUAAAUAUAUUUUCUAUUCUGUAUGAAUCAUGAUGGUAAUCAAAAGAAUACUAAAUAAAGAAUAAUAAUAAAGAAUUGAUAACUAUUAGCUCUGUGAAUAGUAGACCUCACGAAGUUUUCUCAUCUACAAGUAUCUGGUGUCACCUUAAAUUUGUUUUUUUUUUUCAAAAAAUAUGUGAGAAUAUUGAUACUGAUAGGCACGCAUCAUAAUUGACCGAGCGAAGUAAGCUCUAAGAUUCAAUUCGACGGUUUUGCAUUUCUCUUUAUGUUUAUAUGUUUAUAUUUAUGUUCCGCAUUUACGGCGAAACGCGGCAAUAGAUUUCCAUAAAAUUUGACAGGUAUGUUCCUUUUUGAAUUUCGCGUCGACGUAUAUGUAUAUUAGGUUGUUUGAAAUUUUGCAUUUCAAGGAUAAUACAAAUGGAACAAGAGUCUCCUUCGAACGCCAUAUUACCGUGAAAUCAGACUAUAGAAUUAUUAAUCAUAAAUCAGCUGUCCAAUAAAUUAUUAUUAUUGUAUGCAAUUGAUAUCUCAAUAUAACUUAGUAAAAAAUCAGCUUUUGUGUGGACUAUUAUUGCAUACAAUGACGCAUACAAUUAAUAAUUAAAAGUAACAUAGUAGUUUAUCUCGACCUUUUUCUGCUUUCAACUCGGGCUGACCUGUUGCCAGUAUGUCUUGAAGGAGAUUAGCUUUAGGUGAUAGCAUUUUUGAUACACUAACCCCAACAGCCAUCAGCUGUUUUCACACCGAUAUCUCGCCGAUACGACAUACAGACAGGAUUUACUCUGAUGGACAGUAUGAGAGAAGACUGUGGUUUAUAACUGCGCGAGGCCUACUGUUCACAGAACUACUAGUAUCUUGACUGCAAACAAGACAUUGAAAUCAUAGACCUAAACUAUAGAAUAGAUGCGGCUUAUCCAGACAUCUGUGUUAUGCAUGCAAUGAAUAAUCCGCUUGUCAGCUGAUUGAUUAUGAAUAGUUCUAUAGUCUGAUUAAUCCUAUCUUCAGAGUAGAUAUUUAUUCAAUUCGUCUUACAUUGCCAGGUCUGACAAGACAUACUACGGCAAACACUUAUAAAAUUAAAAAAAUAAUAAUAGAUGAUAUUUAUGUAGUGAUAUCGGAGUAUUGAGCGAAUUCCUUUUCCUUUCAUAUUAUCCUUUAAAUGCAAAAUUUCCACUAGUGUAUACAUUGACGCACAGUUGAAAAAUGAAUAUUCCUGCCAAAUCUCAUAGAAUUCUAUCAACGCGUAUGGACGUAAAUGCGCUAUAUACAUACAGACGGCAGACGAAAGAAAAUCCGAGUUAAAACAUAGACCUCACUGCGUUCGAUCAAUGAAGAAUGCUAUUAUGAAUGAAUAUUAUGCUAUUGGCAUAAUAUGUGGGAGGAAAAUAUUUCUUGUAGGCCUAUUCACAUACUUCUAUGAGAUUUCCGUGGAACUUAAGUAGAACAGAUUACUGGAAUAGAUUCUGUAAGUUGUAAGUCUGCAAAAUGCAACCUGAAUAGGACUGGGAUUUAGAUAAACAGAAGGCUACUUACACACCCAUUAAUUCUAGAUGUAAAAUAAAAUAAUCGUAACUCCUAAUUCCAGUUGUGUCGCAAAACAAUGAAUGUGUCUACAAACACUUCGAUCAUCAAACGUUACCGUACGCAUGCCGCCGUGUAGCGAUCGUCUCUUGUCACGACCGUCGUUCAUUUAUCUACCUACGUUGGGUCGUGAAGACAAAGACCCCAAAGCGGCGUGGUUCAUGUUGACAAACAACUGAAGCGAAUCAUUGAAAAGUAUUUUCAUGAUAAAAAGGGCUGAACGCUACUAUAUUUUUUGACGGUAAAAAUUUGAUCAAACUUUUAUCGACCGUCCAAAAUCAAAUAGAUGUGUGUGUAAUUAGCAUUAGUUGAAUGUUGUCACUGGACCUACUCUAUCUUGAGCAAUGGUAAAUUCACUGUUUUCAAGUAUGUAUAACAAUAUUGUAAAUAUUAAAAAAACGGUGGUCAAAUUUAAAAGUAGGCAUACCAGUAAGUAAUAGUUUCAAGGUUUACAAUUUAAAUAUUUAUAAUUAUAGUUUGCUAUUUAGACUAAUAAUUUAAUUCUUGAAAUCUCAACAUGUUAUUUUUUAUAUUUAUAAUUCUAUUUUUUCGAUUUUUCAUUAUUAUAGUGUAUACAUUGAUAGUAUUGUGCAUUAAACAGUUAGGCUAUGUUUAUUGCCAGUUCAACCUGGAAGUAACUUAUAAAAUUGUCCUUUGUUUAGUAUUGUGCAUUAAGCAGUUAGGCUAUGUUUAUUGCCAGUUCAACCUGGAAGUAACUUAUAAAAUUGUCCUUUGUUUUCAAGUUUGUAUUAGCCUGCUGGUAAUCAAAAUCUGAUUCAAUUGAGCAUCAAUAAAUAAUUGUAAAUCAUUCCUGUAGUUUAAGAUGAGCUCUUGGAAUUCUAAUAUGAAUUUUGUUGAAAGAAAUAAAUUGAUUAAAUUGAAA